CCGCGCGGGGGCAGCGGCAGGCCGCCCCCGGUGCAGGCCGUCCCUCCGGCCCGGGCCGGCCCCGGGGCACCACCGCAACCGGCGGGGCGGCGGGAGGAGAGAAGGCCGGAACCUUCGCCGUGAGGCCGCGGAACCCCGGAGGACGAGCCAAGGAGCGCGGCGGACCGGCCCCUCCCUGCGCAUGCGCGGGCCGCUCCUCUGGAGAUAAGUGUUUGAACACAGCACAUGCCUAAGCAUGCAGUCUGCUAAUGUGCUUCUGAAAAAAAUAGUAAGAAGUUCUGUCCUUCCAUUUGCUGGACAGCAUGGGAUGAAAAAGGAUUUGUUACCGCUCAGUAGAACUCUGAGUUUAUCGCUUGGCCUGAAGCAGGACAAUUCAUGCAGUCCCUCAGAAAAACUAGAUUUAGAUGCGUGGAAGAAGGUAAUGAAGUCUGGGUUGCAAGAAGAAGUCAGUAAGACGGCCCCUGAGCAUAAGGAGCUUUCUGCUUUGGCUGCUGCACGUGAGCUUUUGGAGAUGUGGAGACUGGCUGGCAGAUUGGUUCCAGAAAACAUCAGCGAAGAACAGCUAAAAACCUUUAUGGAGUGUCCUUCCAAGUCAGCCAAAAAGAAGUAUUUGAAAUAUUUGCAUCUCAAAGAAAUUCACAAGAAAAAUGACAAAAGAAAGAUGGAUGAGAAAAGGGAAAGGAGGCUGGAAGCACAAGAGCAAGCUUCAAAAACUGAUGAGACCAAGAGGAAUUCAUUUGUGUGUUUGUGGACCAGUGGUAUGGAUAAAACAUACAGUUGGAGGGUUGCUCAGUCUAUGGUCUUUGGCCAACCUCUAGUAUUUGACAUGUCUUACGAAAAAGAUAUGUCCAUCCGAGAAGUUGCAAAUACAGUGAGACAGAUAGUAUUAAGUGAAGGCUGCAAUCGAAGGUCCAUGGAUCCGUUCCACAUCCACUUCUGUAACUUCAAAGAUGACAGCCUCUAUCACAAGGAAUUUCUCAAGCACUAUAGAGAGGCAUGGGGCAAACUGCUUAUCACUGUGACGGACCAGUGCUACACAGAUGUCUUUCCAAAGGAUAAGCUUAUCUAUCUGACUGCUGAUUCUCCCAAAGUAAUGAAAACAUUUGACCAUGAUAAAAUCUAUAUCAUUGGGUCAAUGGUUGACAGGAGCAUAAAAACAGGAGUCUCUUUAGCACGGGCAAAGCGACUGGGGCUGGAGACUGCAGCCCUUCCGUUGGAGAAGUACUUGCUUUGGAGCUCCGGUGCCAAAAAUCUCACUCUGGAUCAAAUGAUGCAUAUUUUAUUAACCUUGAAAGAUACUGGAGACUGGAAGAAGGCUCUGGAGUUUGUUCCGAAAAGGAAAUAUUGCAGCUUUGUAAGCAAGCCUGUGGAUGAACUGAAAAAAACCUUAAACCUGAUCAACACGCUUAAACUUGGAAAGAGACAGGAAGAAGUACGGAAGCUAUUUGCCAAGAACUACUCUAAGAAGCUAAGGCAAAAGUAGAGUGAUGGGGAAGAGAAUGAUUUAUUACGAGGAAACUGCCCUUCAGUGCUCCAGUUUCAUGGGACUUCUGGAACUGUAUUCAGCUAUUUAUCUCUAAAAAUGCCUUUGUUGGUCAAAUUUGAAAGGACUGUUGUCAGGGAUUUUUUUUAAAAAUGACCUUAGUAUUCCAGCUGAUUGAAUUUAUUCACAGAUGACUGAAAUUAUGUAAGAGAAAUGAGAUAAUGGGUCCUAAAAAAUUACCGUGUACAAAGAAUAUAAAUCUGUUCAGUUCAGUCAUGCUGGGACAAGGGUGACUGUGACCCAAUGCAAAGGUGGCUCUUCAGAGCAUACCUCAGUGCUUUGGGUUUGCAGGUGGAGGCCAUCCACGGUUGUCUUCUGAAAAGUUAGCUAAGGGAAAAUAGAAGAGACCUUUCCCCGUUACUUCCUGGAUUUUCUACUGGGUGUAGAUUAAUUGACUCUUGAUAGGCGGGCUAAAACCAAAUGGUUUAAACCUAGCAUGAGUUCGGGGCGUUGCUCCUUUUGGUUCUGGGUGUUCUAUUUGGCACAAAUUGAGUCCCUAUCUGGAAGGAAUAAUCCAAGUUUUCUUGACCCUGCCAAAAAAAUUCCUUGUGUACUUUUGUGUAAGACAUUUAUCCCUGAAAGCCUGUGUUUUCAGUCCAUGUAAUGUAGAUUUCCCAAAGUGCUGGUACACAGUUCUUUUAGUAAAUACAUGAGGAGAGGGUCUUGUACUACUCACAGCUGAAAAUGUGUCCGUUGGUCUCUCUGUGAAAGUCUGUGUUGAGGCUGCAGGGCUGCCUUGGGCGUGUUGUUAAAUACAAUCCUUUCUGCAGUCUGGAGGAGGAGGAGGGAUUCCUUGGUGCCUUUACGGGUGCUUAAAUCUUUUUGAUUUAAUCUAGUUGACUACCCCAACACUUGAAGUCAGUGAUAGCUGAUGGUGGCUUUUGUCCUGAAAGUUCAAAAACUAUGAGUGGGGAAUGUAAUUUUGAAGGGUAGGCUCCAAAUAUACCUGGAGUUAGUUAUGAUUUGGUCUCUGUGGUGAGGAGGGGGUUAGAAAGCGGAGGAUGCGCUACCCCAGCACUACCCUCCUCUGCCUGUGAAGCGCAGGGGCCUCUGGGUGUGGUGAACCCCUGGUGUCGAGAAAGACCUGGCUGUGCAUGGUUGGGUAGUAUGCACAGCUUCAUCCCGGGUUAGUACGCCAGGUGCGGCUGAGGGCUGCCUCCCAGCUCCCUGCCAAGUCCUUGGGUGCAAGGACUGGCUGUGUGAGUGUGCAGCCGCCUUGCUCAAACAGACCCUCUUUCCUCACAUGGGGAAGGGACAAGGCAGAGCUGUGCGCUGCUGGGCUGUGCCUCCUGUUAUUUGCUGUUUCUCCAUAAAAACAUCCUCUUCCUGA